AGACGAUCGAUCUUGAAGUAAGGAUGCAGGGUGUCUGCCUUACCCGAUAGUAAGGCACUCUGCCUUACCCUUUGGACCGUUAGAUUUAUUUGUUUAGACAGCUAGGAUUACUUUACUUUUUGGUGUAAACUCCCCACCUCCAGAAACUUUAUUUCUCCAACUACCCAAUACCCACCGUCCCACUUUCUCCUCAUCUCUUUACUCUGCAAUCAUUCUUCACUUCACACAUCUUCCAUCUAAAAAAAUGUCAAAUAUCAUAUCUCAAUUUUAGUUGCCCCAUGUUCAAGAUGGAUCCGUUCAAGAUAAUACAGACUCCGUAUGUAAUCUCCUGGCUUCACCACAACAUUUGCAAGGUCCAUGAGUUGCCGUUCUAAAUCAGACAUUACACCCAACAUUAUGGCAGUACCUUCCUCAGACUUGCUCGCCUCGGCAGAUAUACGUAUAGAGCGUUUUUCAUCAACAACUUUCUCAAAUAAUUUAAAGAACUUGGCAAGGUCAACACUUGGAUUAAGUACUUCUUUCAAAUCCGAGUUAAAGCUCUCACUAAGUUGUGUGCUACGAAUUCCAAUUGUAUGGCAACACCGUUGCAAUAGAAGAGAAACGGGAGAGACGAAGUGGAGGAGAAACGGGAGAGGAAAAGUGGCGCUGAAUAAAGAAAGAGGGAGAAAUUGGCGCAAACCUAAACUUUGAGAGCUGACACGUGAAAGAGCCUUAUUGGAUUGGUUAAUAUAUGUAAAUUUAAAACUAUUAAACUCUGAUUGUUGUUCAUCCACUUAAUCCGACGGUCCAAAAAGAGAAACGCAGAGUGCCUUACAUUUGCGUAAGGCAGACACCCCCAAUCCAGUAAAUAUACGGUCAGUGCGAGUAGAGCUCUCGAAUUGAAGGAAAUCGAUGGGUAUCUCAAGCGAGUAAAUUCAAGUGGGUAUGUGAAAAAAACCUGAGUGUUGGGCGUUAAAAAAAAUCUGCGCACACCCGGCCGGCCCAGUAAGUGAAUAUUUCUGUAUCGAAAAAAAUAGGGAUAAGGGUCAAAUAGGGUCUCGAAC